ACUCAAAACACAAUAGAUCGUUACUACAGCUCCGGUGAAAGGUACUAAACUAGCUCAGGAGACACUGUGGAUAGCAGUCAGUACAUCAGAACUUGAAAACUCCUGGAGAUCCACAAACUAAUCACAGUGUUUUACCAAAACAGAAGGAUCAUCAUUUGACCACAAAAAAAAAAAAGGAAAAAUCUAAAAGAGGUGGGGAGAACGACUUGCAAACAUGGAUAAGAUUUCAAUAGUUGCCCUGUUUUUUUUUACAGCUACAAUUCCUCCUCUAGCAUCAACAAUUAAUGCUCAAGUUGAAAACAAGGCAUUUCUUUCAACCACAUCAAUUACAACUGAAACAGCUACAAAAACCACUACUAUGGUACCAUGGACCACGACAAAGGAAUUCGCAACUGCGACCAUGGCCAAUAAAGCCCACAUGAAGCGCUUCAGCCUAAACAGCGAUGAAUGCCACGAUCACAACCACCGACACCAUCGACGCCACCGACACUGCAGACCUACCACGCGACCUGCAAAAAUGACAAGUCUCAGUUCAACAACAACAUCCGUCAAUGCAAUGCUGAGUUCUGGAGUACAGCUUACCUCAACUACUGCACAAUGGAGCACAUUACUCACUGCUACAAGUUAUGUGACCACACCAUCAUCUAGUAGUCCUGCUACUACUGCAAAAACAACCACUACAACACCAGUUCCAGCAGCGGCAAAAUCCAUCACUACACCUCUUGCUCCUACAGCUGCAGACUUCACCACUUCACCUCCUGCUCAUAUAGUGGCACAGUCCACAAUUACACCACCAGCUCCUACAGAGGAAAAAUCCACAACUACACAUCCUGUUCUUACAGUGACACAGUCCAAAACUACACUUCCAGUUUCUACAACCACAGAUUCCAUCACUGAACCUCAUGCAACAACUGCACAAUCCCCUGCUACAACUCCUGCUCCUGCAGCCGCAGACUCCAUAACUGAACUUCCUGCAACAGCUGGACAAUCCACAGCUACACCUCCUGCUCCUACAGUAACACAAUCCAAAACUACUCCAAGAGCAACACAAUCGACUGCUGCACCACCACCUUUUAUACCUGCACAAUCCAACACUACACCAACUUCUACAGUAGCUCAGUCAACAAAUAUACACCCUGAUCCUAGAGUAACACAACCCACAGCUACACCUUCUGCUACUACAACUGCACACUCUAUCACUACACCACAAUCUCCAACAAUGGAACAAUUCACAACUAUGCCAGCAGCUCCUACAAUGGCACAAUCCAUGACUUCGCCUGCAAACCUGACAGUGGCACAAUCCAACGCCACUCCAACUCCCACAGUAACAAAAUCCACCACCACACCACCACCUCCUGUAGCCAUAUCUCCUACAACAACUGUACAAUCAACAUCCACACCAAAAGUUCCAAUAGCAACACAAUCCACAACGACACCAUCUGUUCCUACAGCCACACAAUCCAUCAAUACAGUACCAGCUCCUACAGUGACAAUAUCCACCACUACACCUCCUUUGCCUAAAGAACAACAAUCCACAACUACACUACCAGCUCCUACAGCCACAGACUCUAUUACUGAACCUCCUGUAACAACUGCACCAUCCACAACUACACCUCUUGCUCCUACAGUGUCACACUCCACUGCUACACCCCUUGCUCCCACAGCCACAGACUUCACCACUACACCACCAGCUUCUACAGUGGCACAAUCCACCGCUACACAACCAGUUACUACAGUGGUACAAUCCACCAGUACACCUGCUGCGCCUAUGAUGACACAGUCCUCAACUACAUCUCCUGCUCUUAAAUUGGCACAAUCCACCACUAAACCUUCUGAUCCUAUAAUGGCACAGUCCUCAACUACAUCUUUUGCAACAACUGCACAAUUCACCACUAAACCACCAGUUCCUACAGUUGAACAAUCCACAAAAACAGCGAUUUAUCCUACAGUGGCACAACCCACCACUAACCUUUCUGCUCCUACAGUAGCACAGUCCACAACUACACCUCUUUCUCUUACAGUCACACACUCCAGCACUACAUCUCUUGCAAGAACCGCAUAUUCAACCAGCACACCUGCUGCUCCUAUAGUGGCACAGUCCACGUUACCUUCUUAUUCUACAUUGGCACAAUCCACCUCUACUCUUCCUGCAACAUUUGCACAACUCACCACUACACCACCAGCUCCUACAGGAAUAAAGUCCACAACUACACCUCUUUUGUCUGCAGUGGGACAGUCCACCUCUACACCUCCUUCAACAAUUACACAAUCCACAGCAACACUUCUUGCUCCUACAGCAACACAAUGCACCGCUACACCUCCUUCUCCUAUCGCAGCACAAUCCAUCACUACACCUGCUCCUACAGCCACAGACUCCAUCUGUACGCCUCCUAUGACAAUUGCGCCAUACAGUACUACAACUGCCACCACUUUGACCAUCACAGACAUAAGCAGAACCAUUUCUUCUACACCAAGUACUCCAGAAUCUGUGGUUAAAGGCACUGCAACAAAUCUGCCAGCUGUCCCUGUAGUUCCAGUUCCUACAACAUCAGCAGGAUUUCAUACCAUGUCUGGAUAUUACUGUUCCAGCCACAGCCACAUUCACAAUCCCAACCACAGUUAGUCUGACUUCAGCAACUUCUCCAGUUGCAACAGGGUCUCAGACCACCAGCAGCAGCAGCAGCAUUGGGUCAGUGAAUAUCAUCAUCCGUCUGGUGCUUGCUACCAGAAUGCCAGCACCCACUGAAAGUGAGGUGCUCAGUGCAACAAAAUUUAUAUUAAUCCCAAAACUCAGAUCCUUGGACCGUCCACAGAUGCUGCAGAAUGUUACUUAUGAAGAGCUAUCAAACAACUCCUUUGCUCUCAAAUUUGUCUUCUCAAUCAACAACGUCACUAUCUCUCAGAAUGACCAACUCCUGAAUGACACUUAUAACCAGAUCCAGGACUCAGUGAAUUUUCUGUUUGAUCGCGGAAAACCAGAUUCAAGCAGCUGUGAAGUACAUCUUCAAAGAAGGAGACAUCAGUAGCCCGAGCCCCUUCCUUUCUGAAAUCCUGAGAAUCAGUGGUCUGGGAGCAAAUACAAUGAACUUCACACCCACUCCUACCCUUCUGCUCACCAUCCCUGUGGACAAAAUCACCACUCCAGGAAGUCAUUUCCCAGGCUGGGCCUUAGCCAUCAUCAUUCCUUGUGGUAUCGCUAUCAUUCUCUUCCCUGUCUGGAUUCUGCUGUGUUGCUUGCUGUGUGGCUGCUGCGCUGCCAUUAAGAGGUGCCAAAGAAACUCCUGCAACAUUCAGUACAGAAUCCAUGACAACUUUUUCUGAGGAGAUCAGAAUCACUGUGGGCAAAAAUGGAAGUAACCUUGACAACACGAUUGCAUUCAGUGUAUGAUUUCUUCCGUGCAAAAAAGUAACUGCAAUCUGAAUAAAGCAUAAAUCUAAUAAUUUAAUUUAAUUUCAUUUAAUCGACAGUUGUCCAAUAACAUGAUGUCAGAAGUCAUACUCCUACAGGGGUUCUUAUUAAACUUCAUUCUUCCAGCUGACUGAAAUUCAUAAAACUGUUUCCUUCAUCUUUCAAAGUUAUAUUCCAACAUGUAGAAAGAUAUUUACUAGAAAAUUUCAAUCAUAUUUUAAUGCCCGCACCGGAAUUUUUUUUUUUUUUUUCCAAAUGGAACUCUUACUUUGUUACCUUCUUCUGAGUAUCUAUUCAGCUGGAAUCUGUAGGCUAUUCUGUGGGAAAUUUCAAUCACACACCAUAAGCAUUAUUUUGUUUAAUAUGUUGUAUAAUUGUGUAUGCAUAUUAUACCUAUUUAUUUAUUCCUUGUUAAAUAAAAACAUGUCUUGUUAACUGAUGUAUGUGUUUGGAUUGCAAAUGUGUACUAAGAUUAUAUGCCAAAUGUGAAAAUCUGAAUUAAACACUUUUUUUCAAUG